UGUUCACCUCUUUCAAGGUUACCGGGUAAGGUUGCAAUCAUAACCGGAGGUGCGAGAGGGAUCGGAGCGGGCACUGCGAAACUCUUCGCCCAGCACGGCGCACAUGUGAUCAUUGCAGACAUAAUAGACGGACUGGGGACCGACCUGGCGGAAUCGAUCGGGGGCCGGUACAUACACUGUGAUGUUGCGAAAGAGGCCGAUGUGGAGGCCGCGGUGAAGUUUGCAUUGGCAUGGAAAGGUCGCUUGGACAUCAUGUUCAACAAUGCCGGCGUCUCUGGGCCGGAUGGGAGCAUCAUGCGCUUGGACAUGGACCGGGUGAAAGCCCUGGUCUCGGUGAACAUUAAUGGGAUCGUGCAUGGGAUUAAGUACGCGGCCCGGGCAAUGGUGGAGAGCGGAAAGGGAGGGUCCAUAAUCUGCUCGGCGAGCUCAGCAGCCUCAUUGGGCGGCCUCGCGGGCCAUGCCUACACGAUGUCAAAGGGAGCCAUCCUGAGCCUCACUCGUAGCAGCGCUUGCGAGCUAGGCCAACACGGGAUCAGGGUCAACUGCAUCUCGCCUCACGGGGUGCCAUCGGAGAUGCUCUUGUUCUACUACAGGCGGGUGUUCGGGAGGGACGAUGUGACGACCGAGGAAGUGUCCAGCGCUGUCGGGGAGAAGGGGAGCCUCAUAAAGGGGAGAGGCGGAAGCGUGGAGGAUGUGGCCCAUGCCGCGGUCUUCUUGGCCAGCGACGAGGCGGGGUUUAUCACCGGCCAUAAUUUGGUGAUUGAUGGGGGAUACACUUCUGCUGCGACUGGGCUGAGUUUUAUCUACCAGUCCUAAAGAAUUAGAUCACAUACCAUUAACACAUCUAAGUUAUUAGUAUGAAAUUAAUAUA